AUGGUUUCGGCGCAAGUUGCCACCAAGCUAGGACAACCUAUACCACUGGACACUCAACAUGCAAUAUCAGUAUGUUUUCCCACAUGGGAGUCGGUUAUUUCAUAUGUGGAGAAGGACUCCAAAGUUUUAGGGUGUUUAAAGUCCGGCUACCCCAGGUUUUGGAUCCACCCCUCCAUUCAAAAGCUGCGUGACAUUUUAACAGAAAAGUAUGCCAAAGAAAACGAAACUUGCUUUUGCUUCCCGUCUUAUAGGGUUGCUAAGCGGUGCAGAGAGUAUAUAAGAAUGAAAUGCGCGCAUCGCAAUGGCAAAGUAAGAAUAUUACAGUUGGCCACGGCAAAACCUAUCAAUGAGGAACAGAAAACGUGGAAAAGGGAGUGUAAGAUUGCGGUAGUGUUUGUAGAUCAGGCAUAUGAAAAUAUGCUAAAACAGUAUUGGCAGUACACAGGCGAGAUCAUCUCCAGCAGGUUGGCAGAAUAUGUUCUUCAUGAAUUUUUCGUAGUAGAGAAGAAAUCUAGCUCUGCAGAGGAAAAGGAAUACAUAGAGACUCGGUACGGCAGAAACUUGAAUUUUGCUUUUGCUGAUCGAGCUAAGGAAUUGAUUAAGAAAAGGAUUGCUACAAAAGUCAUAGAUAAGGAUGAGCAUGACGAAGAGGAAAACUACCAUUUUUUUGCAGGAAACCAAGACGAACGUGAUUUUCAGGAUACAUUUCUAGAUUCCUCACUUAAUGAGGCUAACCAUGGGGAAGACCAUGGAGACGGGAUUGGUGGUGAAUUAGACAACCAUAGCGAACCGCAUGAUGGCCUUGUUUCUACUAUACCUCCAGAGCCGAUUGAGAUGAGCACAAUAGAAGAAGAACAAUCAUUGGAGGAAGACGCUGGGAGGUGUGCACUGAGAGUUUGUCCUGAGAGAGACGUUUUCUUGUUCCCAAGUGGUAUGGCAUCUAUAUUCACCGCGCAUAGAUUGCUGCUACAAUGGGACUCGCUGCGAUUAAACAGAUCUAGGAAUGGAAACGAUGUUACGUCAUCACCACCAAACAAGAAAACAGUGAUUUUUGGGUUUCCUUAUGCUGAUACGUUGCAUGUUUUACAAGAAUUCAAUGAGACGUAUUUCUUGGGAGAAGGUGACAGCACCUCGAUGAAAGAGCUUACAAAAAUUCUACAUUCUGGCGAGCAGAUUCUUGCCGUUUUUAUAGAGACGCCAUCAAAUCCCCUAUUAAAAAUGGGUAAUUUAUUGGAACUGAAAAGACUCUCCGAGCUAUUUGGUUUUUUUAUCAUCAUUGAUGAAACUGUUGGUGGCAUAGUUAAUAUUGAUGGUUUACCAUUCGCUGACAUUGUUUGCGGCUCGUUAACUAAAACAUUCAGUGGGGACUCUAACGUUAUUGGGGGCUCGAUGGUUCUAAACCCACAAAGUCGAGUAUACGAAUUUGCCACGCGUUUCAUGCAAUUAGAAGAUGAAUACGAAGAUUUACUAUGGUGCGAAGAUGCAAUUUAUCUGGAAAGAAAUUCUAGAGAUUUUAUUGCUAGGACUAUCCGAAUAAACUACAGCACCGAGUACCUCUUAGAUAAAAUAUUGAAAGCGCACGUGGGAGAAAAUGGACUAUUUAAGAAAAUUUACUACCCUAGUCUAACUUCAAAAGAAACACUGAUCAACUACGAUAUGGUGAGGUGUAAGAAAGAGGGUGGUUACGGGGGACUUUUUUCACUAACGUUCCAUGAUGAGGAUCACGCUGCGGCCUUUUACAAUAAUCUACAACUGAACAAGGGUCCCUCUCUAGGCACUAAUUUCACACUGGCAUUUCCAUACACCCUCAUGACAUAUUACCACGAACUCACCAUGGCUGAAAAAUUUGGCGUGGAGAGAAAUCUUCUUAGGAUCAGUGUAGGUCUCGAGAGUCAGUCGACCUUGGGCAAGAUCUUCCAAGAGGCAAUUGAUAAAACGUUAAAAAUAUGA